UUUUCAAAUUUCACCGUUUCACCCCAACACCUUCUACUCCCACCGGUUCUCACCCUCCACCUCAAAGCCAUCGUACAUCUUGUCCCACGGUGGCGCAUCAGCAAGCAUGAACACCAUCCUCUACGGCGGUGCAUCCCCAGCGACGGCACACCCUCCCAACGACGACGGUGCAUUCUCAGCGGCUCUCUUCCAGAGGUUUCAGUUGCGUCUCCGCCAUGCAUGCAACAACAACUAUCUGCGUCAACCAAUUCUCCAUUGUCUGAUACGCUCAACGCCGCCACAUGAAGGCCAUCCCUGCUUGCUGGAGGCGUGGACAGGUCUCCUUCAGUUCAGUUGCCGGCUUCAGUUCUACAAGCAUUCUCAAACGGGUGUAAUAGGAAUUGAAAGCUGCUUUACUUUUGGCGUUAGACGACCAUCCUGUACGCCGCAACCAGCCCUGAAAGAAACUUAA